UCUUUGGUUGAACAGUUGUACGUCGACGUGCGGAAUAUUCUGAAUUUUAUCGCUUUUCAGGACUUUCGAGUAUUAUCCGGUUUUCCUUUUGAACAAUUUUCUCGAUAUAUCUAGAAACUAUUUUAUUCGGAAGUUGUGUGGUAUUCUGUAAUAGUUGGAGGCAUUUCCAGUUUCAUCGAUACUGAUUAUCAUCUGUAAACAGCCUGAGCAGACCACGAUGCAAAAAACUUUAUCCGGUCACUCAAAACGCGAAUCUUGACACCAUCAGAGAUUCAAUCAACAUGUUGGUGGGUUAAGUGAAACUGAACAUGUACAGAUAGUGAAUUGUGGACACGAUUGGACACUAGUUACGCUAGUGUGUUGAAAAUAUGCACCUUCAAGCGAAAUAGCUAUGCCGAUCGCUAUGUUUUAUAAUAACGGUGCGGGCUACACGCAUUGCCGCUCGGGGUCGGAUAGUAUAAUUCAUCGAAGAAGUUCCGCCACUGCCGGGCUAGGAGGUGAAGUGGAUAUUUUUGAUAGUGGAGACUCCACAUUGUCAGAUCUCGAUGAGUCCGAAUCAGGCUCGGCCUCAGCAUCGAGAUCGGGAGGCUCAGAUGGUUCAGGAUCUGGUUCAGUUGCUGGCAUCGAAGGAGAUCCGAACUUGCCCUACCCCGGAAUAGCACCAAUUGCUCUAGGCUAUCUCUCUCAAACCACUAGACCUAGAAGUUGGUGUUUGGCUCUUAUCUCUAAUCCAUAUCCUUUUUCUGGCUUUACACAUUGUAUUUUCGAGUAUUUGUUUGAUAAUUUAAAAUAAAUUAUUCAGCUAA